AGUUUCUUUUACAACAUCAUUUCUGUAUUGAGCAUAACGCUGGUUGGAUAACGAACUACUUGAAAUUAAAAGUUAAAGCCAUAUAUAUAAAAGUUAGAUAUCGCGUUUGCGCUUCAAUAAAUACAUGUGAACAAAUACAAUGUACAUUGAGAGAUACUUAACUCUGAACCAAUUUUCGUGAAAUUUCAUUAUUUAUAUUUAUUAGUUAUUAGUAUUAUAUUUCCAUUCUAUUCUAUGUUGCCUAGUGAUAUCGCGGAGCCAGAGGCAUGUCCCAGAGGAAGUUGUGGCCAUUCAUAAGACCGAAUAAGUCUUAAGGACAUCAGCUGAAGCAGCCAUGCCUCGUAUUGAGAAUGACAUCAAGCUUGACUUCAAGGACGUGCUGCUCCGGCCUAAGAGAAGCACUCUGAAGUCCCGCAGUGAGGUGGACCUCAUGCGCAGCUUUAGCUUUAGAAACUCAAAAGGCAACUACCGUGGCAUUCCCAUCAUAGCGGCCAACAUGGACACUGUGGGCACCUUUGAAAUGGCCCUGGCUUUGCACCAGUUCACCCUCUUCACUGCUAUCCACAAGCACUACUCUAUCGACGACUGGAAAGAGUUUGCGGCCAAAAAUCCAGCAUGCCUCCAGAGUCUGGCCGUCAGUACUGGUACAGGUGAGAUGGACUUUGAGAGGCUGACGAACAUAGUGGAAGCGGUGCCUCAGCUGCAGUACAUCUGUGUGGACGUGGCCAAUGGCUACUCCGAGCACUUUGUGCACUUUGUCAAAGAUGUGCGACAGAAGUUCCCCACUCACACCAUCAUGGCUGGGAACGUGGUCACGGGGGAAAUGGUGGAGGAACUCAUUCUAGCUGGUGCUGACAUCAUCAAAGUGGGCAUUGGACCAGGCUCCGUGUGCACUACUCGAAAGAAGACCGGUGUGGGCUAUCCCCAGCUGAGUGCGGUUAUUGAAUGUGCAGAUGCUGCCCAUGGACUUGGAGGACAUAUUAUCUCUGAUGGAGGAUGCACCUGCCCUGGUGAUGUCUCCAAGGCUUUUGGUGCGGGGGCAGACUUUGUCAUGCUCGGUGGCAUGCUGGCUGGCCACGAUGAGAGCGGGGGCGAAGUCAUCGAGAAGAACGGCAAGAAGUACAAGCUGUUCUACGGCAUGAGCUCCGACACAGCCAUGAAGAAGCAUGCCGGAGGGGUGGCAGAGUAUAGGGCAUCUGAGGGGAAGUCGGUGGAAGUGUCCUACAAGGGCCCCGUGGAGGGGACGCUGCGCGACGUGCUGGGCGGCGUUCGCUCCACCUGCACCUACGUGGGCGCGGGCAAGCUGAAGGAGCUGAGCCGCCGCACCACCUUCAUCCGCGUCACCCAGCAGCUCAACACCGUCUUCGGUGACAGCUAGGCCCCGGGAGUCUGGAGCCGGAGCGCCAGGACGGUGGUGCCGCGCCGCACCGCGCCACCAUGUUAUCUGUUACCGAUUGGAGGCUAGGCAGAGGAGACCGGGGGACUGGUUUAGCAAAACGUGUUUGAACACCAAAGAAAGGGAGUUAAGGCAAGAGCUAAGACUUCAGGUUUCAACCAACCAACCGUAUAUUAUACCCAUUAUUAUCACAUCUGUCCCACUCUUAUUAUUUUUGGAAAUUCCUUGACUCUCUCAUGAAACUAGUGAAUUCUAAUCUUUGUCAGUAUUUUUAAGGUUUCAUCCCGUCUCCUGGGCUUUUGUCUAGCCUCCUUUUUUCCAGUCAGAGUAAUUUGAAACUUCAGGCCUCACCUCACUUCAGUUGUUACACCUGGGACAAGAGAACAUACCUCAAGCAGACAGUGCUUAAAGUCAUCACAGUCUGUACUAUAGUAGUCACCUUUCAAACAGCCAAAUCUUCAAAAUAGCGCCUUAUCUUUCCAUUUUAAGUUUUAAAGUUUUAUCUCUGUUAAAGUUUUAGACUGUUGACUAUGCAUAUGUCACAUAUUUAACCAGACAUGUUACAUUUUAAGAGAUGUUAUUAAGACUGUAAAACUCUACAGUGUUAUGGUAGAAAUGCAUGGUGAUAUGGACCAUAAAUAGUAAUUUUUUUGAGAAUUAUUUCAUGCAUGUGUUCAGAGUAUGCUGAUGUUAUACUACGUACUACUGACUCACAAAUGAGAUUUUAUUUCACCUUUCUUAUGCAGUUUUGGUUUGUUUUAUUGCAUUAUGACUUCAUUCCACUGGAGUCAUAAUUUCCUCAUGAUUCCGUCUUGGUACUCCAAUCCAGAAAUAAACAUUCCAUGAGAUGAUUUA